CGUAGGGCAACCUUGGCCGCCUCCCCAGCUACCACCCCUUCCCCAAGGGCCCUGUUUUCCCUCCGAAAGUGGGUUAUCACAGUUUAGAACUGAGAUGAAGAGCAUAAUAACUUCAUAUAACUUGAAUUAGCCAAAGUACCUGCUUCGGAGAAGUAGCCAUAGGGAAGCGAUUUAGACAACGUAAUUCAUCUUAUGGAGGCGUGUGGGUUUACGGUUUGAUCUCAUUUGCUGCCUGGGGUAGCUGCUCUUAAGGAUUGGCCCCUCUGGAGGAUCCAGGAGGUAUUAGGAGGUGGGGGCAGCUCAGCCAGAGGCAUCAGAAUUCCAGGAAGAAGCUAGCAGCUCAGGAGGGUGAGAGGAGGGCCGAAAAUCGGCUGCAGGUCAAUGUACUUGAGGGGAAGGAGCAAUUGUGACUAACACAGGGUCUGCCACUCAAAUUGCCCUCCAGUUCAGCUGAAAAAAACUGGUGCUGAGGUUUGGGAUGACAAGUAGAGUCCCUCCCAAAAGACAGGAUUGAAGCCAGGUGUAGUUGUGCUGGCCUGUAGUCCCAGCAACUCCGGAGGCUGAGGAAAAAGGCAAGUUGGAGGCUACCCUGAGCAAUUUAGUGAGAACAUGGUUCAAGAUAUAAAGGAAAAAGGAUUGGGAAUGUAGGUCGAUGGUAGGGAGUUGCUGAAUUCAAUCCUCAGUACCUCAAAAAUAUAUUAGUAAAAUAUAGAAGAGCAGGAUUGAGGCUCCACUGCUGUUUUCUCCGUAGUAAUGGCAGGGGCUGUUGCUUCCUAACUAGUUAUGUUAAAACAUGAUCUCAUUGCUUUUGGAGCAUUUUGGUUAUUGCUCACAGACUUGUUUGGAAACUUGUGACUGAUACAGCUGGACAUCUAGAAAACGAAGUAUUGGAGAACCUGAGGCCAGUCAGAGUUGUGUCAGUGUGCAGAAGACGUUUCAGGAUUCCUUUUAGAACAGAGAUUCAUCAGGAUGAGCAUGUGGGCUCCACCAAGGCUCCUGGAACUGGCUGGGCAGAGUCUGUUGAGGAAUGAGGCCUUGGCAGUUGCUGCUCUGGAGGAGCUCCCCACAGAGCUCUUCCCACCUCUGUUCACGGUGGCCUAUGCUGAGCGACGCAGUAAGACCCUGAAGGCGAUGGUGCAGUCCUGGCCCUUUGCCUGCCUCCCUCUAGGAUCCCUGAUGAAGGAGUGGCAGCCUCACCAGGAGAACUUCCAAGCUGCACUCAAUGGGCUUGAUGUGCUGCUUGCUCAGGAAGUUCGCCCCAGGAGAUGGAAACUGCAAGUGCUGGAUUUACGCAAGAAUGCUCAUCGGGACUUCUGGACCAUAUGGUCUGGAAGCAGAGCUAGUGUAUAUUCACUGAUGGAGCCAGAGGCCACCCAGCCCAUGAAGAAGAAGCGAAGAGUGGACGGUUGCAGAAUGAGGGGGAAGCAGCCCUUGGCUCCUGUAGAAGUGCUUAUAGACCUGUGCCUCAAGGAAGGCAGCCGUGAUAAAUUGCUUGCUUCCCUCAUUGAGAAGGUCAAGCAAAAGAAAGGUUUACUACACCUGUGCUGUAAGAAAUUGAAGAUUUUUUCAGUGCCCAUGCAGAAUAUUAAGAUGAUUCUGAAAAUGGUGCAGCUGGACUCUGUCCAGGAUUUGGAAGUGAAUUGUACCUGGAAAUUGUCCACCUUAGGGAAGUUUGCUCCUCAUCUAGGCCAGAUGGGUAAUCUGCGCAGGCUCCUUCUUUCCCACAUCCACAUGUCUUCCUACACUUCCUUGGAGGAGGAGGAGCAUUGCGUUAGUCAGUUCACCUCUCAGUUCCUCAGUCUUCAUCACCUCCAGGAGCUGUAUUUGGAUUCUGUCUCCUUCCUCAAAGGCCGUCUGAACCAAGUGCUCAGGUCCCUGAAGAGUCCCUUGGAGACAUUGUCAAUCACUAACUGCCUGCUUUCAGAGUCAGAUUUGACACAUCUGUCCCAAUGCCCCAACAUCAGUCAGCUGAAGGAUCUGGGUUUGAGUGGGGUCAAUCUGACCUGUGUAAGUUUUGAGCCCCUCCAGGUUCUAUUAGAGAGAACCUCCACCACUCUCCAGGAUCUGGACUUAGAUGAAUGUGGGAUCAUGGACUCCCAGUUCACUGCUAUCCUGCCUGCCUUGAGCCACUGCUCCCAGCUCACAACCUUCAGCUUCUGUGGGAAUCCCAUCUCCAUGGCUGUGUUAGAGAACCUCCUGCUCCACACCAUUGGGCUGAGCAAGUUAAGUCAUGUAAUGUAUCCUGCCCCACUGGAGAGUUAUGAAGAUGUUGAGGGUACCCUCCACCUGGGGAGACUUGCCUACCUGCAUGCCAAGCUGAAGCAAAUGCUGCGCGAUUUGGGGAGGCCAGGCAUGGUCUGGUUCAGUGCCAACCCCUGUCCUCACUGUGGUGACAGGACCUUCUAUGACCCAGAACCCAUUCUGUGUCCCUGUUACAUGCCUACUUAGAUGAAUGCAUAUAUCCACAGCUUUAUUUGGGGCACUUGGACACAAAAGCUCAGAAAGUAACCACAUUUAGAAAAAAAGCCAGUUUUGUUUUCAGUUAAGUGGGAAAAAGGUGAUGGGAGUGGGGGCAGAUGUUUACUUAGAGUUUUUUGUAUCUUUGGUGAGAUGCAUCUUAUAAAGUUAGAAGUAUGGAUCUGAAUUUCUAGAAGAGUUUGAUUCAGGCUUGAGAGAUACAUGUGGGAGUUAUCCCUGCAUGGAUAGCUGUAAAGAAAUGGCCAGAAAUAAAGAACCUCAAUGCAAA